UAAAAAAACCACAUUCAAUAAUCUGAUUCAAGUAGGAUUCGUCGUUUAAAUAUUAUUUCAUUUUCAUGGAUCUGAAAGUGGCUCCUGUCUUGCCGCAAUGACAAACAUGCAAAUCAAAUCGUGAAAUAUUUCAAAUGUGCUAAAUUGUUUAAAAACCUACUAAAAGUUUAGAAUAAUCUGCUGCAUAAGAAAACACAUGUCAAGCAGCUCCGACUUCAUACAUAAAUAUAUGAUAUGUUGCAUGCAAGCAAGCAACAUAUCCAAAAAGGUCAAGACGAGUAGUAUUCAUUUGAGUGGGGGAAUAUCCUUAAAUACCUCUAGAGAGCAGAGUCACCGUGAACUUAACGGUUAUGUGAUGUGUCAAUUGUAUAUUUAACAACCAUGGUUAAGCUAGCUUUUUUUGUUCUUGGUUCGGUCUCGUUAAUGAUAAAACAAUAUGUCGAGCAAUAUCGGAAAGCGGAUUUGGACAUGACCUUGACCGAGCUGGAGCCGGAUCUUAGUCUGCCGAGGAUACAGACUUAUGAUUUUAUAAUUGUUGGCGCUGGCACGGCGGGAUGUCUGUUGGCGGGGCGUCUUUCUCAAUAUUUCAAAGUUUUGCUUUUAGAAACAGGCGGAAAUCCACCUCCGGCCGUGAAUACUAUGGUAUUCCAAGGCUCAAUUAUCACCGAUACCCUCAUUAAUUACCAAUUCCAAUCCAAGCAAAAACACCUUUCAUUAAAAUCUGGCGGGUUACUGAACAUUUCCAUGGGUAAAAUGAUGGGCGGGACAGGAUCUCAUAACGAAAACUUUUACAAUCGCGGUUCGCCAUAUGACUACGAUCAGUUCGCAAGUAUUACACAAGACCCUAGUUGGAGUUAUUCAAAUGUUAUCCAGCAUUUUAAAAGAAUCGAAAACUUUGAUGGAUUUUUCCUCAAUGAAAAUCAGCGAGAUUUUUACGGUACAAAUGGACCCAUUUCGAUAACUUCGUCGAACUCACCAACGCUUGGAAUUUGGCUGGCGGCCGGCCAUGAGUUAGGAUUCCAGGCGGUAGACUCGAAUGCGUUCCAGGUCGAAGGUUUCGCCCCUCGAGCCUUGUCGACGAAGAAUGGGGUAAAAUCCAGUUCUUACACUAGCUUUAUUGAAGGAGUAGAACGGAACAAUCGUAAUUUGAGGGCGUUGCGAUAUUCCCAGGUUCAAAAGAUUCUAAUAAACGGAAACAAGGUCGCGUACGGCGUGACAUAUUUGCGACACGGAAUUCCACAAAUUGCUCACGCUUCACGAGAAGUCAUCAUCUCUGCGGGGGCCGUACUUUCACCGAUUAUGUUGAUGAAAUCGGGCAUUGGCCCUGCAAAAACGCUUCAAUCUGCAAACGUACUAAUCACUAGAUUGUUGUAUCCAUAUUCAAAAUACCAUUGACUUUUUGGGAAUUUAGAUAUUUAACAUUACCGGACAUUUAAUUACAGUAUGUAACAAAAGUAUAGCUACGAUGACAUAUUUUUUAUCUCGACAUGAUGCCGUAAUAUU